GUACGGCACCGAGGUACAUUUAAACCGAGCUACGAGGGGGCAGGCAGACACGCACUUCCAGCGCAACGAAACAACAACUAAACCAACACCUGGAUCUUCUUUUCGGAGAUGUCCCACGUCCAGCUAUCGAGCAGUGCGCUGGAGAGGCUGGUGGCCCGCAGGACCUUCCCUCUCCAAAGGCGCACCGGCGUGUGCCGCAGUCUUUUCGGGCCGGUGGAUCACGACGAGCUGAGUCGGGACGUGAAAGCCAAGCUGCGGGAGAUUUCCGAGCGGGACCAGCAGAGAUGGAACUUUAAUUUCGAGGACAACACGCCGCUGGAAGGGGACUACGAGUGGGAAGAGAUGCCCGCGGAGAGGACGGCGGCGUUUUAUCGGGAAUCGGUGCAGAGCGGCAGGACGCGCGUCCCGGCGACGCCCGUAAAGCAGACGCCCUUCUCGGAAUCCGUUAUGUCGGAGAGCUCCGACGGGGAUGUAAUGGAGCGCUUAGCGGUACCGGAGAGCGACCGCAGCGUCGUCGGCGGCGACGGCGAAAGUAGCUCCCCGACCCCGGCGGAGGUGAAUCAGGAAAACCGGCCGGUCACAGGGAUCUCAGGGACUCGCAGACAGGCUCCCCGUGUUCGGCGCAAGAGGUCGGCUGCUGCUGCUGCUGCUGAUGACAACAACACGCACAUCACAGACUUCUUCGUGAAACGAAAGAAGGCUGCCGACAGACUUUCCAAGUCUCCCAUCUCGUUGGAACAAACUCCGCGAAAGAGGAUCCGUUGAACGUGGCGUUUUUCUUCUUCUUCUUCUUCUUUUACACUUUUUUUGUUGUUGCACUACUUCCCUGCGCGUUUUUGAGGAUUCCUACGGACCGAGAGCCGCUUUUGAGGCCGCCGGAGGAAGAGAACCGGGGACGGGGACGGGGGGGAGUCCCGCUUACUCCGCCGGCUCGAACCUCGGUGAGCCCCGGCGGAGCGGAGCCUCGACACCGCCCGCAGCUCCUCUCAGGACCGAACGGUUUGGGAACUCAAAGGGGGGGCGGGUGGAUGGAAGAAGGAAAAACAAAAUAAAUAAAAAAAACUAAAACGAGAAGAAAGAAAAAGGAAAAUAAAAGGGAGAAAAGUUUCGUUUGGAUUACUUCUAUCCAGUACAAAUGUAGCAUUCAUUGUUGCUUUUGCAUACAGCCACUCGACAGUGUUAAAUGUUUUAACAUCUGUGCAAUCCUAGAGAAAAAAAAUAUAUAAAUCUUCUACACUGGCCAAAAGUGUACAGCUUUAUAGAGACAGUAGCGUUUGUUUGUUUCUAGUCGUUGUGUUUUUUCCCCUGUAAAUGUAUAUAUGUUAAGUUUAUUCUAACUUAUAAGUUAUUUAUGUUUCUCUUUAUUUGUCAAAUGCCUUGCUGAUUUUAGUCUGUUGCCAAUUUUCGAUUUUAUUUUAUUUGCUGUUUCUUUUUUUUUUUUUUUAAGAUAUUGUGGUGUUUUGCAAUCUCGUAGCUUCCCAAUAGUUGUUAAGCCUAAAAAAAAAACACAACUGAAUUUCUUUGUUGUAUGGUGUGUGUUUUAUUUUUUUCAUACAAGUGCCCUAAGUAAUUUUUUUGAAGAAAAAAAAAAAAGAAAGAAAAAAAGAGGAAAAUAAAAUAUCUUCAAA